CGGAAACAGAUCCGAGGGAGCGGCGGAGGAUUCAACCUGAAGCCGGGAAAAGUUUGAGACGUUUUCAUCCUGAGAAUAUAAACGGUAGACAUUAAACACUUUUAUAAAAGCUUUUAUCUUCACCGACAGAGAGGAUUUAAACGACUUUUAUUCAGUGGCGGGAAGAAGAGGAAGAGCCAACAUGGCGGAGUCAGGAGGACAGAGCCGCUAUGAGCGUCUGACCGCAGAGCAGAUGGACGAACAGAGGAUUCAGAGCGAGGCGUAUCAGUACCUGUGCAGGUUGGAGGAGGCUAAGAGGUGGAUGGAGGCGUGUCUGGGGGAGGAGCUACCUGCUCCCACUGAGAUGGAGGAGGCGCUGAGGAAUGGAGUUAUCCUCGCCAAACUGGGUCAUCGAUUCGCACCAAACGCUGUCAGCGUGAAGAAGAUCUAUGACCCCGAGCAGCUGCGCUACAAUGCCGUGGGGCUUCAGUUUCGCCAUACUGACAACAUCAAUCACUGGAGGAACGCUUUGACAUCUCUCGGACUGCCAACGAUCUUCCAUCCUGAAACUACAGACGUUUAUGACAAGAAGAACAUGCCACGAGCUGUUUACUGCAUCCACGCUCUCAGUCUGUUUCUGUACAGACGGGGUUUGGCUCCACAGAUUCAGGACUUGUUUGGAAAAGUCAAGUUCACAGAGGAGGAGAUCAACAACAUGAAGAUGGAGUUGGAUAAAUACGGGAUCCAGAUGCCGGCGUUCAACAAGAUUGGAGGAAUUCUGGCCAAUGAGCUGUCAGUGGACGAGGCUGCAGUCCAUGCGGCGGUGAUAGCCAUUAACGAGGCGGUGGACAGUGGGCGUGUGGAGGUGACGGUAGAGGCUCUGAAGAACCCUAAUGCACUCCUCACUGACCUGCAGGAGGCACUGAUGAGCGUCUACCAGGAGAUGCUGCGUCAGGCCAGAAGAAGAAAAGAGGAGCAGGCAGCCCGCAGGGGCGGAGGUUCAGAGGAGAAGGAUAUCUACGAGGAGUUUCUGACUCAGAAGGAGAUCCAGAAGAAUAUCGACAUAGUGAACAUUCGCUCAGCAGUGGAGCAUGUGGAUGAAGCUUUGGAUUCUUCGGAUGAACUCGCUCUGCUCGCCGCUCUGCAGCUGCCAUGUUUGUUCCUCAGGGGCCUCCGUACUGACAACGGGCCCUGGUACCUGGAUCAGCUGUUUGCAGACCGCCAGCAGAAGGCUCGGGAUCAGGGCUCUGUGGAUCCUCUGGAGCCUGACGAGCUGCAGGAAGGAGUGACCAUCGCCAACCAGGACGCCACGAGAGCCAGAAACAUGCAUGCAGCCGAGCAGUGUGUGAAUACAUCUCUACGUGGCAAUGACCCCCGACACACAGUAAGCUGUCUGAUGACCUCUGACCUUCAGCUACCUGACGUGUUUCCGUUUGCUGCAACUCUUUAUCACCGAGAGCUGCAGCUGCUGCAGAGACGCAGCCCACAGGGGGAGCUGCUGCAAGAGGAGUUGUUUGUUGCCGUGGAGAUGCUGUCAGCUGUCGCUCUCAUCAAUCAGGCCGUAGAGGCGGGACAUAUGCAGCAGUUCAGCUCCUCAUUGGUCAGUCCUUCUGCAGGACUGUCUGAUAUCGACCACACCCUGCUGGAUAGGUACUUGGAUGCUCUGCUCUUUGUGAAGCAGCAGGCCGGAAAACAACUGCUCACCUGGAACCAGCUGCAGGAAGAAAUCAACCGAGUCAACACCUCAGUUCAGGAUGACUACCUUCAGCUGCAGGUGGUGUCUCAGGUAAAUGAGGCCGUGCUGAGAGGAGAUGCUGAGCGGCUGAUCUCCGCUCUUAUGCUGCCCUCUGCUGGACUGGAGGAAGUACUACCUGGAAACACCUGCAGAUACCUGACCCUGCUGUCUACAGCCCAGAAACACAGAGCACAGGACAGCAGAGACCCAGAGGCUGAGCUGUGGUUGGCUGAUAUCCAGGAGGCUGUGACGAGAGCCAAUCAACAGAGCCAGAGAGCUCUGAAGUUGUGUCUGUCUGUAGCUGCAGUGAAUCAGGCAGUGAAGGAGAACAGAGUGAAGCAGACUCUUCGUGUCCUCAGUUUACCUGAAGUCAACCUACAGGGAGUCAUUCACAGCUGUGCUGCAGAGUAUCAGAGGGAGCUGCUCAGUGUGAUCACACACAGGUUACACACAGGAGACAACAGAAGCCCAUGGGUUCGAUUCCGGCUGGAGGAUGGGUCCUUCUAUUACUUCCACCUGACUCACCUGAAGGGAACCUGGGACAGACCCCCCGGCUUCAUCCACAACAAUGUGUUCCUGGACCAGGACCAGAUACAGGAAGUGGUGAGCAGUGUUUCGGGCUCGUACAGUCGCAGCGCGCUCUGGCGGAGCAGUGAAGCCCUCAUCAUUCGCCUACAGGCAGUCAGUCGGGGUUUCGUGGUCAGAAAGAAGCUGGAGGCUCGACGGCGUUACCUGAUCUGUCAGACACCUGCUGUCAUCACCAUCCAGUCUCACUGGAGGAGGGUUGUCCAGCAGCGGGUGUACAGAAGGCGUCUGCAGUUUCUCUACAUGAACUGGAGAGCUGUUGUCAAGAUUCAGGCGUGUGUGAGGAUGUGGUCGGCCAGGAGGAAAUAUCGAGCUCGGCUGAACUUCUUCAGGCGUCACGUGGGUGCUAUCAUAAAGAUCCAGGCCUUCUUCAGGGCUAACCGAGCCCGAGACCAGUACAGGAUGCUGGUGCACUCGGACACACCCCCUCUGUCUGUGGUCAGGAAGUUUGUUCACCUGCUUGACCUGGGCGACAGUGACAUCAGAGAGGAGGCGGAGCUGCUGCGUCUGAGAGAGGAGGUGGUGAGAAGCAUCCGCUUCAACCGCCAGCUGGAGGCGGACCUGAACCUGAUGGACCUGAAGAUCGGCCUGCUGGUUCGCAACCGUGCCACGCUACAGGAAGUGGUGUCGCACUGUAAGAAACUAACAAAGAAGAACAAGGAGCAGCUGUCGGACAUGAUGGACGUGGGGAGAAGUAAAGGACUGAAGGCUCUGAGCCGAGAGAGGAGAGACAGGCUGGAGGCCUACCAACACCUGUUUUACUUGCUGCAGACGCAGCCUCUGUACCUGGCUCAGCUGAUCUUCCUGAUGCCUCAGAGUCGGUCCACCUCCUUCAUGGAAAUGUUGGUGUUCAGUCUUUUUAACUACGGCUCUGACCGCAGGGAGGCCUACCUGCUCUUACACCUGUUCACAGAGGCUUUACGCUACGAGAUCAGGUUGAAGGUGGAGCAGCCUCAAGACGUGGUCACAGGUAACCCCACCGUCAUCAAGAUGCUGGUGAACUUUUACCGCCACGCUCGCGGUCAGAACAAUUUGCGGGACGUGCUCGGUCCAGCUCUGCAGGACGUACUGACUGACCGUAGUGUCAGCAUCCGGACCGACCCCGUGGACGUCUACAAGACCUGGAUCAACCAGACCGAGACCCAGACCGGAACCAAGAGCUCUCUCCCAUACGACAUCUCACCUGAGGACGCUCUGAGUCACCCUGAAGUCCAGAGACGCAUCGACAUCGCCAUCAUCAACCUGAAGAACCUGACGGACAGAGUGCUAAAAGCCAUCACAUCCAAUCUCCACAAACUACCGUAUGGUCUGCGUUACACAGCAAAGGUUCUCCGAGACGCUCUGAGGACAAAGUUUCCAGAUGCCAGUGAGGAUGACCUGUACAAGAUUGUAGGUAACCUGGUCUACUAUCGCUUCAUGAACCCGGCUAUCGUGGCUCCUGAUGGUUUUGACGUGGUGGACCGGUGUGCAGGCUCCACCCUGCAGCCAGAGCAGCGUCACAUCCUGGGCUCUAUCGCCCGCAUGCUACAGCAUGCCGCAGCCAAGAAACACUUCCAUGGAGAGGGAUACCAUGUCCGAGUCCUGAACCAGUAUAUAACCCAGACCCACCACAGGUUCAGGAAGUUCCUGCUGUCUGUGUGUGACGUCCCUGAGCCGGAGGACAGAUUCAAUAUGGAUGAAUACUCAGAGAUGCUUAUUGUCCACAAACCUGUCGUCUACAUCUCUGUCAGCGAGCUGAUCAACACACACAGGUUGUUGUUGGAGCAACAGGAUGUUUUGUGUCCCGACCCGUCUGACCCCCUCAGACUGCUGCUGAACGACCUCGGAGCAGUGCCCACCCUGCAGGAGCUCAUUGGUGAGUCUUCAGGUGAUCCAGAGAGUAAGACGGACGUUUCUCUGACACUCACCAACAAGUUCGACAUCUUCAACGAGUCUGACGACCAACAAGACGCCAGAGCACUGCUGCUCAGCACAAAGCAGCUGAUCAUUGAUGUGGUCAGGACUCAGCCAGGUGAGUCUCUGAGUCACAUCCUGAGAGCGUCUGCAUCACAUGACCAGAGAGUCUGUCAUGAUUGGCUGGUGCAGCGGCGUGCUCAGCAGGACGCUCGCACGCCUGACAAGAUGAAAAGGAACCAAUCACUAAUCGCCAACGGCAACCUGAGUUUAGAGGAGAAGAAGAGGAAGAUCUCGAGGAGUCUUCGUUGCCUGGAGGGGCGUGGCAUCCUGACUCCGCCCCACAGCGAGAACCAGAUCCUGCAGAUGAUCGCCAAGGACAUCCGUCAGCAACGUCUUCACCGUCAGCGACGAGGGGCGGAGCUUCAGAAGCUGAAUCAGACUCUCAGCAGUCUGCAGGUGAAGAGCAGCUUCCACAGUGAACAGGUGGACUACUACAGACAUUACAUCACUUCCUGUCUGGACAACCUAACCACCAGCAGUAAACUGACCAAUAAGAAGGCAGCAGAGAGCAAAGUGAAGAAGAAGCUUCCUGCUCUGAGCUACAGCGCCGCCCGGCUGCAGGAGAAGGGAGUGCUGCUGGAGAUCAGUGACCUGCCACACACACAGUUUAAGAACGUCGUCUUCGACAUCACUCCUGGACCAGAAACAGGAAGUUUCAAAGUAAAAGCACGAUUCCUCGGCGUUGAGAUGGAAGAGUUCCUGCUCAAAUACCAGGACCUGCUGCAGCUGCAGUACGAGGGUGUGGCGGUGAUGAAGAUGUUCGACAAGGCGAAGAUCAACGUCAACCUGCUCAUCUUCCUCCUCAACAAAAAGUUCUUUAAGAAAUGAACCAAGUGACUCUCUUACCUUACACUCCUAUCUUUGUGCUGUCUUACUACAUAAUCAGUCUUUGUGUAUCUCAAUAUGUCACAGAGUGAAGUGUCUUCACUACACUCCUAUCUUUGUUUUGUUGCACAAUUUUAUAUUUUUAUGAAAAACUAUCAUGUGUUUGAUUUCUUUAUCAGUAUCUACAUCACAUUAUUUAGUGCAGAGUGAAACAUCCUCACUACAGUUAUAUCUAUGUAUGUCAUUACCUUGUUUUGUGUGUUUGAGUAUCUUUAUAACUUACAGAGUGGGACAUCUUCUUAACACUCCUAUCUCUGAGGAUCAGAUGGUUGAUAAAUGGAUUUAAAUACCUCACUCUGUUAUCUGUUUCAGGAUCAUGUUUUACACUACAGAGUGGGACUUCUUCUACACUCCUAUCUCUGUUUUUAACUCUACACUUCCUGUUAUCAGCCGAUCAAUAACUGUAAAUAUUUUCUGUCUCCUUUAAGAAACUUUAAAAUGUUUAAUCUUUUUUUAACUUGAAUAAAAACAACAAGUUGUAAGUGAA